AUGAAUUGUUUCGAGAACGUGACUAUGCCGAGUUGUGUGUGGUUUGAGAGUGGAGAAAAGCGCAAUAUUGUCGCGUCCAUUAUUGCGGGGCUCUUGUUCUUUUCAGGAUGGUGGUUUAUAAUUGAUGCUGCCACGGUGCCUGAAGUAGCCAACCGCUUGCCUAGUGCUGCCCAUGUGUGUGGAGUGAUGGCCACACUGUCAUUGAUUAUGAUCAACUCUGUAUCGAAUGCACAGGUUCGUGGAGAGACAUAUACUGGUGGGUGCAUGGGUCCCCGUGGAGCAAGGUUGUGGCUGUUCUUAGGUUUUGUGGUUGGGUUUGCAUCACUCAUUGCAGCAGUGUGGAUCCUCUUUGCCAAUUAUGUUAACAGAAGCAAGGAUCAGACGUACCCGGGCGUGUGCCUUUUUAUGCAAAAUGCAUUGAUCUUUGCUGGUUCGCUAGUGUUUAAGUUCGGCCGCACCGAGGACUUAUGGGGAUAA